CCACUUCUAACUAAAGCCUCCUAUAAUUUUCACAACGUACACAUUCAGUUAAUCGAGUGCACCGUGCCAGACGGCAACUUUGCAAUACUUAACAGUGAAUAAUCAUGCAUUUAAUAAAUUCAGCAAAAGUGACAAUUGAGUCGCGAUAUGAAAAUCCAUGUUAAAACUAUUCGCAGCAGUCGAUCCCUCCAGGCUCUAUUCAUUCUGAGAAGUGUCAGUUGGUUUAGUCAGUAAGUCAGUCAGUCAGCGGUGAGCCGCGAACCCGUAAGCAUGAACGUAUAAUCCCUGCGAUAAAAGAAGGAAAAUUUGGAAAAACUUUCGUAAACAUUCUCAACCGCGUGCCAAUUUAUCUACACGUAAAAUUGUCCUUUGUCAACGUAAAAUAAAGUAACGCUGUUCAUAUCCAGUGUACGUUAUUACCCAUGCAAGAGAACUUAGUAUGUUAGGAUUACAUGCUGCUGGAAACAUCAUGUUUUCUUAUCAGGUACUCUGGUAUUUAUUGAUAAUACCACAAGCAUUGGCAGUGGGACCAAGUUCGUCCAGUACCAUGCAGCAUCCUUUGAUUCGGGAGGUAGUAACUCCUGCGGUACAGCCGGAAGACAGAAGAAGAGCAGAGAGCCACGUAUCGCACGUAGAUCGUCUUUGGGAAGAAAUCGGUGCCGUAAAAGCGAUGAUGUCCAACAUAGCAAAUCCAAGCAUCGAAGGUCAAGCCACAUGAUUCCCAUAUGGGAGUCAUUAUAUCGUCUAAGAUGGGAAAGGUCAAAAGGAUGAAUCCGUGCUUCAGGUCAGCUGGACAAGUUCAACAGCCUCUACCUCGGGAAGCUGGAGCAUAGGAUGCUGAUGACUUCGACACUCCUUGCUAGCGUCGAUGCGAAUAUUCACGGUCUGCAGGAACGUAGCCAUGCCUGGGAUACGUUUCAGCUCCACGUGGCAGCUUGGAACGAGCAGAUCAAGAGUCUAGACAGUAAGAUGGAUUUGCUCUCCAGGGGCCAGGAGAAGGUCGUCGUACUUGACGGUAAGGUUACGCAGCUAAUGGGCCUGGAGUAUAAGCUUGAGAAGGUGGCCAGUAGAUUGGAGGAGACUUCGCAGAGGAUUCAUCAAUUGGAAACUCCUAGAGAUCCGCUCAUGGGAGAGUUCGCUACUAGAGGUGUCCUGUCAACUCUUAAAGUCGUUGAGAGGAAGGUGGAUCGUAUACAGACUGGACUUGCUACCAUUGGUACCAGCCUUAAGCCAAAGAGACGCAGAAAUGACACCAGCGAUGAGUCCGGUGGUAAAUUUGUUAUUCGUUGUAACACGCCGCCUGCCAUUGAAGAGGCUCUUCGUGACGUACGGGCUAAAGUUGACCUGAUGUACGACAGGGUUGUCUCUGACGGGGAUAGCAAUGAAUUGGCUGAUCAACCUGCUUCGGCUGAAACAGUCAUUACCGAGAGUCAAAUGUUAAACAAGUUGUGGAAGAGAAUCACUGCCCCUCAAAGGAAAACUGUCAGGACUUUGGAAUCUCUUGAGAAUCUUAUUCGUGGCUUGAAUGUCAAUAAUGGGAAUUGUCAACGUGAAGAAAUGGAUGACAGCGUCGCACAUGAUAUACAGGAAUUGUUGAGCUGCUGUAGAGCCAGUAGCCAGAGGGUCACCAGCUUUACAGAGAAUGGCGAGAUGCUCCUGAAACGUGUGGAAGGGGUCGUGAACCAGGUUCGCAAUCAAGCAGUUUCCGGGCAGGAGAGUUUGGAAUCUUAUUUCCGGGAACAGAGAUCACAUUUUGAUAGUAUCUUGAAACAAGAGAGAUUUUGUCCUCGCGUAGAGGGAAAAAAGACGCCACCUACUGUGACGCCACUGGGAUCAGAUUAUAAUGGUUCAGGUGAUGCGACGGAUGACGAAGGAAGUGGUGACGACGAGGAUGCACCGGAAGGAAGUGGUGAUGAGGAGGCACCGGAUGGAAGUGGUCACGGAGAGGAACCGUCAUUGGUUAACUCUAGAAAAUUUAAUAUUCCAAGAAGAAAUGAAGAUCGUUAUGCAGAGUCCACGACUAAAAUUUCUACGCCACCUAUUUUUGGUCCAUGGAAUUUAACAACCACUACUACUACUGUUUCUCCUACGACUAUUUCUUUUUCGUUCAACGAAGGCAGCCUGACCACCACCCCUAAGACACCUGAACUCAUUUACGUUAAUGAAGGAAGCUGCGAAGCUUUGAUCAACACCGGAAGGCCAUCCGGUGUUUAUACUCUUGGAUCGCUCAGAGAUUUUAAUCCAUUGAUCAGAGAUUUUUAUACCAGGAAUUGUGAUCUCACGACUUCCGGUGGCGGAUGGACUGUCAUACAGAGGCGCGGAGGUCAAUGGUUAGGAUCAGAAAAUUUCACAAGAUCUUGGGACGAAUAUAGUUUUGGAUUUGGUAGUCUCCACAGUGAAUUUUGGUUUGGUAACGAGUACAUUCAUAGACUGACCUAUGAAAAUGAUGUGGUAUUGAGAAUCGAGUUGGAAGACUGGGAAGGCGUAACGGCUUGGGCCGAAUAUUCAGUAUUCAGGGUGGAUGGUGCAAGAGAUAACUACAGGGUUUGGGUCAGUGGUUACAACGGGAAUGCCACUGAUGCAUUUGGGUCGCAUGAUGGGACGCCAUUUUCAACUGUGGACCGUGAUAACGAUAGUGCACCGCCAUGUUGUCCCUGCGCUCCCUCCUAUGGUGGCGGCUGGUGGUUUUACAGCUGUUUCGAAGCUAAUUUAAACGGAGAUUACUACAUACAAAAUGGCCCCCACGAUUCAUUCCGGGGAAUGAUCUGGGAACAUUGGCACGGCGACUACAGUUUGAAGAGUAGCAAGAUGAUGCUGCGUCCUAAAUCAUCCGGUGAAAUUCCUCUGGAUUCCUCGGAAAUCUAUCCAGAUCCAUAACUUCCCAAAGAAAUAAAAAUUUACGGAUCCAAAUA